AUGGCGCCUCCUUCGCGCACGCCUGCCAUUUCCCGUGGUGGUGUUGGGUGGGCAAGAACCCGUGGCCGUCAUGUGAAACUAGCAUCCACGGCGGAUGUAGUCCAUGAUCGUUCGAAGAUACUCGAAAUGAGCUAUUGUGUCUAA